CUGAACGCGGCCAUUGUAGCGGAGGCUUUAUUGUAGAGAGAGAGAGAGUGGAUGCGCCACGAAAAGAUGUUCUCUCAUGUGUCUUCUUCCUGUCGCUCCGUUUAAUUCCCGAGACUUGCUCUCGGCUGAACCGAGACACCCUUUUGGAAAUCCACAGGUGUUAAACCUCGACGGAUAAACCGGCACGGACUUAACCUCGCCCUCGAGUUUUGAGGUUCGAAAUACGAGAAUUAUGAUGGACUGUUUGAAGCAACCGGCGUUUUUAGUAGGGGAUAUCGACGAGGACAUCAAUCUGUCGUUGCCACCGUCCUCCGGGGAGGACUACAUCAAACGUGUUGUAAUAGAAGCCAGACAAUGCGCGGACGUGGUGGUGGCUGAUUUGGAUCCGUCGUGUGUGAAGAAACCCACUAAAGCUUAUGUCGAGACCUUAGCAGGGUGCGUCGAAGCGCCGGAGAACCUCCGGCCGACCGUGGAGUGGCAGCAAUAUCAGGUUUCGGACUUCUCCAAGCUGAGACUAUACGUGAGCCAACUGAAGGACGAGAUACUGGUAGGCAAGCGUAAGUGGAGGCCGCCUGACAUUCAGUUGCCGGACGUGGACGAUUACGACGCUUGGAUCAACUUCUGUUCAGGUGGCGACGAGAAGGCCAAGCCUACGCUGAACACCCUGUUCUGCUUCAAUCAGUCCAACGUUGAGCAAGUACUGGAAUAUUUGGUGCAAUUUGUGGAGACUGAAAGGAGAAUCGAAUACAAGAGAGGCCAGUGGAUUUACGCGUUACUCGUCAUCUUGGAGCAACCGUUGCAGCCUGACACUUGUUCAUGCCUGCGCUCGUUGGCACGAGCGUGCUCGGUGAUUCGUGCAGACUCUAGAGAAUUGGACGCGCAGGAGCUGGGGGCGCUGAAUUUAAUCAUCUGUCUAGUAGCGAGAUACUUUCGUCAAUGGGACUUGGCGGAUCCUUGACAAACUUCCCAUCGUGUAUAUUGUGUAAUUAGUUGUGACGUGGCAUGACAUUUAUCUGUAUACAUACAACAUUUUUUUAAUAAACUCCACAUAAGAU